GUCACCUCCCUCAUUGGAAGCGACGCCAAGCAGGGACGAAGAGAGAGUAUCAUCAAACUCGAAGACCUCAUUGACUGAUUUUGUUUUUUCACAGUGCGAGCCCCAAGCACGCGACAAUGGCCGACAAGGGCACAGAGGAGGCAUCCAUGGAACGCCACGCGCCCAAGCAGUCUUCUAUUCCUUCCGGCGAGAACUCUGUAUGGGCUGACGUUUCGCCUCUCCUCGCUGCCGCUUGCAAAGAUCUUCGAGAUGGUGAACUCAUUCACGGAGAUAACUUUAAUCUUUUUGCUGCUAUGUCUGCUUUAGAGAUUAUGGACCCAAAAAUGGAUUCAGGUAUUGUUUGUAGAUAUUACUCUGUUGAUGAAGCCGUUGAAAAUGGUACUGCUCCAGUUCCUGUAAACUCUGAUCGAACUGUUGAUGUUCAAUGUGUUAUUGACAUCAUGGAUCAUCUUCUUGCUUGUGAGGCAACAUGGCACAAGGGUCAUUCACUGGCACAAACUGUGUUUUCGUGCAUUUAUCUUCUGAGGCCUGAUAGGACAUCUUCACAUGCCCUAUUGCAUUCUUUAUGCAGAGUCAUGCGUGCGACGUGCAAGGCAGUUGUUUCGGUUGUUUCAGAUGCACGUACACAUGAAGAAGAGGAUCUUUUCACAAUGACCUAUGGUCUUCCUUUGAAUGGGGAUGGCGAUGACAAGUGCUUAACAAUGUUAAAUGCUGUUGAAGAAACACUUUGUCGUAAAUUGCAUGCUUCCAGGGCCCCAUCAUCUAAAAGCAGGGUAGUAGAAGAUAUAGAGCCAUUACAACCCAAUUCGGAGUUGGAAGAAGGUUAUUGCAAAGCAUUGUUGUGCCGCUUACGCUUUCGUAAGCAUUUUCUUCAUGUUCUUACAUGUAUGAGACGGCCUCAAGGAAGAGGUCUGGAGUUAGCAAGAAAACACAUAGCUUCCUGUCUAUCAGAGCUUGAGUCCAUUCUUAAAUCAGCAGAAUUCCUCAGGUCCAGCGGUUCUGGAACUUGUGAAGAUGGUAUUGAAGAAGCCACAACUGCAUCUGGCCGUGAACCAGUUGGUUUCGAUCCUACUUUAAAUAAUAGACUAUCUGCCCCUACUCCUCCACGUGCUAUUAAAAUCAUAAGUUGGAAGAAGGCUAUUGAAUAUUUUGAGAAACUUCUUCACGAUCUAGAUGUCAUAUGUUCAUUCUCACUCGAUCCGUUUUUAGAAGAUGUCUUGCGCUUUGUGGUUCAGUUCCAAAAGUCUCAACCUGAUUUGGUUGCAAGAGCUCAUCUCCAGCAACUGCUAGUGCAAGGUGGGAAGCUCUAUGGGAGGGAUCCCCUUUUUUCCGUGAUUACUAAAGCUGCAAUGUUGCCCGAUAUCACAAAGGGCCACGAUAUUCAAAAAAAUGAAUCUGUUGUGCAACUAGGACAGGUGAAGACGUCUACCCUCCUUUCUUCUUUGGUGAUCAAUUUGCUUAAAAUACUUUGUACAAAUUCUGCAUGGCAGAGGCGUAAGUUGGGGAAAAUAUUACAAGAUUGGCGUGUGAUCCACAUGCAGAUAGAACUUGCUUUCAGAACUGAGUUUGGAGAUGACUUGGACAUUUCAAAUAAUGAGAACAUAUCAAAGAAGAUAUUCAAACACAUUCUCAAUUGGAUAGAGGAGCAAACAUACUGGAUAGCUUCUCGUUUUCUGAUGUUGGGUUUUGAGUUGGAGCUCUACUCUCCCAGUGAAUAUUGCAUGGUAUACUGGUAUCUGUACGUUGUCUUUGUCAGGCUUGCUGAGAAAACACAUGUUAAGAUGGCUAUGAGCAAUGCCACUGCUAAACGGAAGGGGAAGAAGAAAAGGGACUUUCCAAGGGAUAUGGUGCAGGAAUCUCCGAUACCACCAGCAGUGUUGUUCCUUCAGUGCCAUAUAUGUCUCGCUGAAGGACUUACAGUGAUGCUUGCUACAUUGAGGAAUGAGCAGAUGCUAUUAAACAGUCCAAGCCCUUUUAAUACGGAACAUGAGAAAUUCAUUCAGCAUUUUGAGCUUUUACAGAAGGCUUGUAUUCCAGACCACUUUUCAUAUCCUUCAUUCAAGGAAUCCACAUCUUACACUUCCUUUUCCACUCUAGUUAUGUAUAACUACUUCAAGGAUGCUCAAAGGAUUGUAAAGGAGAUUAAGAGUAGUUUUUCCAAUGACCCAGACAGAUUAGCUGAACUGCGACGGUUAGAGCAAGUUGCGGAGCACAAUGCUGUGGCUCUAAACCUUAUUUGCCGGGUAGGAGCACUUGAUCCAUCACUAAAGGUUUCUCUUGAGUUCAGUUACCAUCCUUAUUUUGCUACAAUCAUUGUUAAAAGAUCUUGAAUGCUUCUUCUCAAUUUUGAGACUCUCAUAGGUUUCAGAAGCAUUUAUGUCAUUCAGUAUAGCACCUGUAAUAUAAAAAUCUUCUCAAUUUUUUAUUGUUACACACAUAUUGUAAUGCAAUAAGAUGUUUUUAAGGGGGGGGGGGAAAGGAAAGAAAGUUCUCUUCUUAUAUAAAACUUAUUGCUAGUUUUUUCAGAAAA